CCUAAAAAAUUGGGCGCCCGGGAGAAAUAUAGCGUGCAUAUAAAACCUCUCUCUAAGGGCAAUUCUCAGUCCUUCAACCCUAAUUUCUCUUCAGGGUUUUGCAGCCUACACCGCAGCUUCAAUAAUCUUCGGCGGGUUUUCUUCCAUCAGAAUGGGCAGAGUAACCAAGAAAACAAACACUAAAGUUGCUUCCGCUCCUGCAAAAGCUCCUCCAAGUAAGAGAGAUGCUCAAGUUAAGCUUGAGAAGCCCAAUGCAAAAAAGCAGAAGAAAGAUUUAGUAUUGGAGCAAGCUGAGGAGAAGAAGGUAGAGGAAAAGACACAGAAUAAUAUGGACAUCUGUUCUGCGCAAGAAUCUCCUGGGUCUGAAGAGGAAGUGAAGGAACCUGCUGAUAAAAUUGUACCUGAUCAGAAAGAAUCUCAGCUUGCAAACAAGGAGCAACAGUCAAACAGUUCAGAAGAAGGCUCUGGUUCUGAAGAUGGUAGUGAAGAUGAAGACAAGGAUGAAGAAAUACCCGAUGCAGAUGGUGAGGCAAAAGUGGCACCUUCCAUCUCAGCUAAAAAUGAGGUAGCAAAUGACGAAAAAAUUGAAUCUAUUUCUGAAGAGGGCAGUCCGCAGGAAGAUGAAACAGUUGAGAAGACUGCUGCUCCUCAGGCACCCGUGACUUCAGAACAAGCCAAAAAUGGCCCCGAGGAAAGCAACUCUGAGGAAGAAAGCUCUGAGGAAGAUGUAGAAGCUAGUUCUGAUGAAGAUGUUGCAGCAAAAGCUGGAAAAAGCACAACCUCCGCAGCUGAAAAUGAAAUGGGAACUGAUGAUGACAGUGAAGAUGAUGAUUCUGGAAGUGAAGACGAUGGGUCUGGAAGUGAAGAUGAGGAGCCAAAGAGUACAUAUAUCAAGCCUCAGACCCCAGCCACACCUAAGGCUGGUGCACAAGGAUCAAAGACUGUCUUUAUCGGGAAUCUGGCAUGGUCGAUUGGGGAGGAUGAUAUCAAAACUUUCUUCAAGGGCAUUGGAGUGGUUAAGGAAGUUCGUUUAAGUAAACUACCUAAUGGUAAGCUCAAGGGCUUUGGGCAUGUUGACUUUACCACUUCUGAGGCUGCUGUCAAGGCUCUUGAACUUGCGGGUAAAGAUUUGGGUGGCCGUUCACUCAGAAUUGACCUUGCAGUAGAGAAAACCGCUUCAACUCCUGAUAGUGGAAAACAAAAUAACGCUCAAAAGCAGGUUAAGCAGGGUACAAGUGGAGGUACAACUAUAUAUGUUAGAGGGUUUGACAAGAAUGAUUCAGAAGAAGAGGUUAGAAGUGCUCUCGAGAAACAUUUUGGCUCUUGCGGAGAAAUCAAAGACACAAGACUUCCAACUCAACAUGGCUCUCUUAAAGGGAUGGCAUACAUUGAGUUUGCACGGAGUGACGCAGUGAACAAAGCACUUAAACUCAAUGACUCCAAACUUGGAAGCAACACCUUGCAAGUUGAAGAAGCUAAGCCAAGAGGAGACAGUGGUGGUGGAAGAGGUGGCGGCCGUGGUGGCAGAGGUGGCGGCCGUGGCAGAAGGGGUGGCCGUGGCAGUAGGUAAUUGUUGCAGCCCAACCCUUUCUCCGACUGGUAGGAAGAAAGCAAAACAUUUGAGAGUGAAAAUGGAGCUAUGAAGUUGGCCAACUGGAAACCCAUUUUUGUUUGUUUACAUAUUGAAUUAUUGUUUCUUGUUUUGUUUUUGUAGCAUGGACCGGAUUUCAUUUGCUGUUUAGAUGUGUUUCUGGGUGAUAAUUUGUUUUAUUUGUUUUGCUUCUGUUUACUUACAACCUUUAAUCAAAUGUGCUCGUAUUUACCUUAGAUGUGUUUAUGGUUCUUUUAAUAAUAUUUUUUUUUUCUG